UAAUCAUUCAUCCCUUGGCAUUCAUGCAUCAUCUCGAAUCUCCACGUUUUCAGGGUGGCAAUCGAGGCAACGCUCUCUCACCCUGCGAUCUCAUUGGACGAGCCCGACGCCCGUCACUCCCCCGAACCGUCGGAAGUGCGUCCCCGUCCUGCGUCUCCCUGCACUCCGCCAGUCACAACCCGCCUGCGAUUUCGCAUUAUCGGCCUCUUCUUCACGCCUUUGCACGGGCUCGCAAAGCCGUGCUGUCGAGGAGAAGUCCGGGGUUCGCACGCGAACGAGGCGGCUCCGGCCUUGGAUUAUGUUGCCAUUCCAACCGAGCAUAAUGAUGUGGGAUUCAUUUCUGCUCUUGCAACCUCAGGAACGACCAGUCAUGCUUUCUCACUUGUAUAUUAUCCACCAAGGCUGAGCAUAUGUAGCUUUAAACGCCUUUAGAUAGCCAUCUAUUGUAGACAAAAGACGGCUGCGAAGUAAUAGGCAAAAAUUCAAGAGGUUCUGAUCUCCAAUCUAUGGAGAAAGUAGGCAAGAUGUGGGGUAACAUCAGGAGUCGAUGCCAAGCCCUCUUCCACACCGAUGGCGCGGAGUCCAGUUUGUGUAGCCAGGAUGUUGAUCGCGUCCACUGCAUGAUGGACUUGGGGAGAGGAGCACAUGCAAGUGAACCCCGUGGAACUAGGUCUUCCACACCCUCACGGAACCUAUCACCACUCCCAAUGGUGACCAGAGGACGCAGAGGCCAUAACUGUGUGGCAGAUAUUCCCCAGAUAGUUGAAAUCUCAAUUGACAAAGAAAGCGAGGAUGCACGAAGGGGCCCACUUGUGCGUAGGGACUCAUACUCUCGGCACGCUCCCUGGGGAGGUAAAAAGAAGCAUUCCUGCUCAACUAAAACACAAAGUUCUCUUGAGGCCGACAGGCGAACCGGACGCUCAAGAGGAGGUACGUCCAGGAGGGAACGUCGAUAUGGGAUUAGCUCUAUCCAAGAGAUAAAUGAUUCUAUCGGAGCUGGCAGCAGUGGGCGCAGCCUUAGUGCCCGCUCUCUGCGGCAGCGACUUAGAGAAACUGUAGGCCUGUGUCUUCCUCUGCCUGUACAUUACCGCUCACAGUCAGCUAAAGGUCAGGUGUCUUCCAAACGUAAGAUCCACCUGACUGAACUGAUGCUAGAAACGUGCCCUUUCCCACCUGGUUCUGAUUUGGCCAAUAAGUGGCACCUAAUUAAACAGCAUACGGCACCAGUCAGCCCUCAUUCCUCAACCGCUCUUUUGGAUGCAUUUGAUUCAACACAUCCCUCCCCAGAGGAUGAGGAGGAAAGGUUACGUGAGCGACGGAGGCUUAGCAUAGAGGAAGGAGUGGACCCUCCUCCGAAUGCACAAAUCCAUACACUGGAGGCAAUUCCACACAGCUCUUCCCUCUAUAAACUGGGACCAAAGAUGGCCCCUGCCGUUGGGGAAGGACAUGGAGAGGCCAGGAGUAUGGGAACAGUCUCUUCUGUUUCUGUGGGUUUAUCAGGGAUUGUCGGACAGGUUGGGGCGAGUAUGGCUGUGCCUGCCCACUCUAUUGACUGUGAUUCUGAGGAGGACUCUACGACCCUCUGUUUACAGACAAGGAGACCCAAACAGAGGCAUGCCUCUGGGGAUGCUCAUUGCUCCAGACAGCCAGGGCCUUGGAAAGUUCACACACAGAUUGACUAUAUUCAUUGUUUGGUGCCUGACUUACAGGCCAUAACUGCACUUCCCUGUUAUUGGGGGGUGAUGGACCGGUACCAAGCAGAAGCACUGCUGGACGGACGGCCAGAAGGCACCUUCCUGCUACGCGACUCUGCACAGGAGGACUACUUAUUCUCUGUCAGUUUUCGACGAUAUAAUCGUUCGCUGCAUGCACGCAUUGAACAAUGGAAUCACAACUUUAGCUUUGACGCUCAUGACCCCUGUGUCUUCCACUCUUCAACAGUUACAGGCUUGCUGGAGCACUAUAAAGACCCCAGUGCCUGUAUGUUUUUUGAGCCCCUGCUUACCGCUCCCUUGCACCGAACUUUCCCUUUCAGUCUUCAGCAUCUGGCGCGAGCCGCCAUCUGCAGACAAACUACCUACGAUGGCAUUGGUGCUCUGCCACUGCCUCCAACCAUGCAGGAUUUCCUGAAGGAAUAUCACUACAAACAGAAAGUACGGGUGCGCUGGCUGGAGAGAGAGCCACCACUCAAGGUCAAAUGAGAUCUGGCUCUGUGCCUGAGAGAGGAAAAGUAGAGCCUUGCUGCCAGAGGAGUGUGUGGCUCGUAUUAUCCACCAUGCAGCUGGCAUAAGACAUGUUACGAACUUACGCCAGUUUUUCCUUUGUUAAUACUACACAAUAAAUCCAUAAGUAUGAUGCAAAGCGGUACAUGCUGUCAGGCUAGCUUAUGUGCUGAAGUGUUGAGCAUCUUGGGAAAGAGAUGGUUGCUUUCCCAUUGCUCUUUAUUUCCUUAUAUUCAGUGGAUCUACAUUAGCCUGCCUGCAUGCUAGCUGCUUUAUCUCUUUUAGUGUAUAACACUAUUUUAAGCAGUAUAGCAAAAAUGUUGUCACAUUAACCAGCAUCUUGUUUGUUAGCAAAUAAGCUUAGUUCAGUGUUAAGAUAUAUUCAACUAAUUUUUGAAACUCCUCAUACCCAAGCAACUCCUACAGUACUCUCUAAAACCCUAUUGUUAAAUAUCUAGAUGCAUAAACUUUAUGGAUAUUUGCUAAGUCAUGGCUAAUUUGUCAGCAAUACCUUUCAUGAUACAUUACAGCAGUCUGCGAGUGUCAGGUUCCCUUGGGCAGCACUUGCUAAGUACUGUGUACAUGAACAGGGUCGCAGUUUGACACGCACCUCCCGGCACCAAGCAUGUUUUAUUUUUAAAAUGGUGGCAGACAGACGUGAAAGGAAUGAGUUAAUUACAUAAGGAGAAGGGAGAUGCUAUACGCGAAAAUCCACCAUUUCCUUUCACCCAGUAACCACAGAGUUGGCCCAUAGGCGCAGCGCACCAUGUGCCAUAAGAUAUAGAGGGUGUUAUUUAAGACUAGGCCCUCGUGAAGUCUCAUAUCCCAGCAUUACCCUAGUUUUAAACAAUCUAUUUUACUAUUGUCUAUUUUUAUCAGUGACGGUCUAAACUUACAUACGGCACUUUAAUUGUUGUCUGUGUAUCGCACAAAGACAUAGACGCUUACAUAUAAACAGAUUAUAUUGUGUGUCUGUGUCUUUAAAUUAAGCUUAUGCAUUGGAUAUCAGUUUUAACCCUAAAAUGAUUCUGUAUUUUUCAGCAUGAAUUACCCAAAGUAGAUGUUUUUGUCAAGUAUCUCUUACCUAGCCUGUGCACUCUAGGCUUUAAGCCAAUGUGGCUAUAUAUGCAACCACCAAAAGUGGACAAAAAUAGUCAUCUAAAAUGUGCACAGAUUUCUCUUAGAUUGCUUUCACUUUAGAUAUAGUUAGAACACAGAUGCCAUCACUGUGUGUAUAUAUUUAAUGUUUCUUGGAUUGAUGUCCAGGUUAUUAAGUGUGGUUGGUUCCACCUGGUUAUGUUGCACUUUCAUUCAAUAUGAAGCAGCUAUGCUUCUCUUGUCUUGUGCACUAAUGAUCCUCUGAACACUGAAAAAAAUAUUGUUUUAAAACUCUAUACUCAUGGCCUUAAUCACAAAACCUUUCAAUUAUGGCCAACAAAAUCAUGCUCUUAGGUUUAAUAUUGGAUGUUUGGCAUUGCACUGGUUGGCUCUUGGGGUCCAGUCAGAUUUCAGCCCACGCAGAAUUGGGGCAGUUUUCAGUAUUACGGUGUUUGAUGAUCAGUGACCAAAGGUGUGCAUCUUUAGGUUGUUACUGUGCAUAAGAAACGCUCCACCAUGCAAUUUGAUUAUUUAUAAACAGUACAAUGGCUUAAUUAUAGUGUUCAGUAUUUUGGCAGAGUUGCACCCUUUUUUUAAAGCCAUUAUUUUAAUUGCAAUUAAUUACUCUCUCGUAAUAUGCUCGCUGGAAGGAAGUCAUUUUAUUAUUCUAAGACCAUUUUUUCACACAUUUUCCACUUGACCUGACUGAAUGCUCAAAACAUCCACCGUGUACACUGUAUGCUCUGUGUACGGUCUCCAAUUAUGUAAACUGUGAACUAGCAUGUGUCGUGAUGUCAUUGACUUUUAAGACUUGAGCUGGAAUACCACAUUCUUCGGUGGGUUUAUAGACACCACAUUUCCCUAAAGCCUUUGGUGACAGAUUUGAAGCCUCAAGCCAUAUUAAAUAUAGAUUUAUACUGGAGCCUCAAAAAUUUCCAGUGUUAGUUUCAUUGCAUAAGGUAAUAAAACCUAGUGUCCAUUUACACUUUGUCCCUUUGUUGGCGAACACUAUUUACACUAGCUCCGCCCACCAAUGUCUGGUUGGACCACUAAAACUUUAGUGGUGCAGGCUGGAGUGUAAACUAGCUUUUGACGCGAGUUCGCUGGUUCAAAUCUGCCUUUUGGCGACCUCGCUCUUCUUCCUCGUUUCCAUCACAUAUGACAUAAAGAAGCAUUUUUAGUUUUUUCAAAAAAUGAGAAAAUGUUUGGGUACCAUGUCAUUUUCCUUCUGAUACCUACCUUUACUAUGGUAUCACCACAGUACUGUUUAAAGGACAACACGCAUAAUACAAUAUUGCAAAAUAUAAACAAAAGGCUCCAGGCACACCACACUAAAAUUUAGACAUUCGAAAUGCUUUCAUGAUUUAGGAUGAUGUAACAGCUACGUUUAUGAGAGAGGGCGAGCAGCAUUUUUAAGGGUGUUGGUUUGAGGGCUGUUAAACGUUUAAGCCUGUUCCUCACCAAAUCCCUUAACAGUUUAUUUAAACACUGUGGCAGUCAUCUGGGACGUUUUUUGCCACUACACAGUAAGCGAGGCUCUCAGGGUUACACCCUGCUGCCUUACACGCACUAAUCGCAGGCUAAAUGUACUAUGUUAGCCUCUAAAUUUACCAACUGCUAAAAAGACCGCUCUGUGUUUCUUAAUGCCACGAAAAUAGAGAAAAGAGGGACUUUUCGCUCCAAUUUGUCCUCUUCGUCCUCGAUCUGACCACAUCCUCAGCAUCACCCACUUUCUUGGACAUGUAUACAGCUGAAAGCAGAAAGCUGGUUGUUUGUCUAGUCCGCAUGCUAUGCUAAAGUUAGCAUUAGCAUGAGGCUAAAACACACAGCGCUCCAUUGAGCAAUAUUGAAUGCUGUGAGAAACGGGGCUGUGUUUGAAAGCACAGCUGUUAUUUAGUUAAUAGUUUAGAGAAUGUAGCGCGAGGGAAAUGACACACCAAACUUAUCCAACACAGUGUUCUUCAGUAACUCAGGCAGAGUUUAUUGCAUUUUAAAUGGGGGAUAUAAAAUCGCAACAGUGGGUCUGCAGAUUGCAACAAAGAUUGCUGUGAGGAGUCUUAUGAGACUCCUGUGAACUGCGUCUUGUGCUUACGGCCCGGGGACAUUUUUCCUGGUUUUUUAAUGGUUAACAAAUGGAUAAUUGUUAAACGGCUUCUCGGUGCAGAGGAGUCUUGAUGUUUUUUCGCCCUUUUCCCCAUGGGAAAUGUGUUAUGUCACCCACUGUAGUGUAUAAUGACCGACCGUACAACCAUGUCAUGUAGACCCCGCUUGCAGUUUAGCUGGUGAAAUGUUGCUUGACACAUACUCAAACAUACUUGCACGCAAACUCUCAUGUACCCAAAUGCCAACUUUCUGGCCCUGUGAUUACCAACAGUAUUGUCUCGAAUUUCAUUUAAUGUUUUGUGUAAGUUGUAGUGAAUUAUAUAAUGCACUAUAUGCUAUAGACUGUGGCAGAGCAGUAUUUGGUUAUGAAUUGACUAAUCCUACUGUUUAAAACGUAACUUUCUUAGCUUUGCUUCGGUGCCAAUGUGUAAAGCUCUGGGGCCGCAUUUAUAAACAUGCACAUAAUAAUGUUCAAAAUAAUCAUAUAUAAUGAAUAUAGAAAUAUGUAUAAAUGUCCUUAUGUAAGUCAAUCAUGGGUAAUGUGCAGAUUGUUUUUAAGUUUCAAGCGUAAAAAUGAUCAGAUGUGCGUUUAAUAAAUAACGUCCCCGAUCUUUUCAACCUUGGUGUAAAAAUUUGUUUCGUAAAGGGGUCGAGUAAUAUUUUACGCAAGCAGAGUAGCAUUUAACAAGAUCAUUAUUUUUUACAUAAAUCAUAUCUAAUAUACAGUGAGUGCGAUGUAACCGUUGUUACAAUCUUGUGUCACUUUAAUGCUAAACGUGCACGCUUAUAGCAGUACUGUAUGUGUGUGUGGUGGCUGCGCUGACAGGGCUUGAUGAUGAUGAUGAUGGGGCUAAUGGUUGUCAUUUCUGACCAAUCACAAACAGCCUUCCCAGCUGCCACAGGCUAACCCAUAUCUAAUCAAACAAGUAUCACCAAAUAUUCAAUGUGCUAUUCGUUCCCUUUUCAUCAUAUUUUCUCAUUUUAUGAACUAAUGUCUGGAUGGAAGUGUGUUUAGAAAAGAUGUUCGCAUUUUUAGUUUUGAUGUUUUUGUUUGUCCUUUCCGCCUGUUUUCUUUGUUUCUACUUUGCAAUGUUCAUUGUUACAGCUGAUGCACUUGUAGUCGUCACUCUUGGUGCUUUGUGAAUGCUUUAUUGUCUUAAUAAUAUUAAUAAAAAAUAUUGAGUGUA